CGCUCUUUACUGUCUAUUUCACCCGUUGUUCAUCAGACACGGAUGUGUGUUAUUCAGUUAAAUGUUUCCCCUUUUGGGUUCGAUGUGCGGACUUAAUCUAAGCAAUUCGUCGGACACUUGUUGAACUGAGGAAUGAUCCGUCGGUGCUUCUCGUAGCUGGGUAUAAAAUUUGGGAAACGAAUAGCUAAUUACAUUUAAAUGAGGAUCUUUGAUGAUUUUUUGUGCUUUUUUAUGCAGCAUUGAAGGCUUUUCAGUCCCUAGAUAUCCUGUUUGUCUGUUUCCUUAUCCCAAUUUAUUGCUGCUCAUGUUGCCUGGCAAUGUUAAAAAAAUUGUUGAUCGGUAGCUGAUCGGCCAGCUGGGGAGUAGGGAUUAAUCGGUUAAUCAGAGAUUAGCUGAAUUAAUCGGUUGGUAUAAAAUACUUAUGUAAACAUGUAUAAGAUGCUAAGAAAUAACUAGGACAACAAAGUGUUAACUUGAUGGCUUGAUGUUGUAGUUUUGAUGACGAAUGCUUGAUCGGAAGGUGAUAAAUCUGCAAAAUAAAUAACAAUCUAUGAGUAUGUGCUUCAAAUAUAAACUAUAAAUUCCAAAAAAUGGCAGCAAUCAUUCUAAUUCAACCAAACACAUAAAAAUAGACUAAAAAAAAUCUCAAAAACAGAUAAAAAUGACAACAUUUCAGCACACAUGACCGCAAUUCACACAUAAUAGUAGUUCACACAAUCACAAUUCACACAUAGACACAUAGUUCAUCUAACUUGUUGGGACCGGAAUCCCAGACAAGGCGGGCCUUCAGAUACGGAAAUAUCGAAAGGCCCUCGGAGUGACACGUGGUGGAACAGUUUUUUUUCAUCCCCUUUCCGGAUACAGUGCGACCCUAUUUAUAGCCCGUACCCGGCCACUACAGGUGCGUUUUACAAAUCCUACCCCCUCACCUGCUGCAUUUUUGGAAUAUCCGGGGGUAUUAUGGUACAGAUGAGCACAAUUACAUAAUUAUAGCCCUACCCCGGACGACCGAAAACGGGUCCACUGUCCCGCAGCGAUUCUCGCCUCCAAAGAUGUAUCAAAGUCUUCUCCGCUCGGAUGUCCGUCAGAUAGCCUUCGUCCCUCGAGCAAAGGUCGGCUCGCAUCUUCGCCCGCCACGAUCGCUCCGGACCGUGGGUCUGGACUUCGCCCGUCGGUCGAAGAUUGCCCUCGUCUUCGCCGGUGCGGGAGAUCGAAGGUGCGGGCGCGCCUACACCCUUCAACCGACGGCGCUCUGCGAUCUUCGCCUCUUGCAGAUGAAGUCCUUGAAACAAAGCCACAAUGGCAAGCAUGCAGUAUUUCCAGUAGACUUCGUGGUACCCUCCGAAGAGGGGGGGGGGGGGGGCGAGAGAUCAUCCCCAACAGUAGCCCUCUACUGGUAAGGUUUAUCUUCGAUAGGCCGAACCUGUAGUCUGCAAGAUGUUUCAACGCUGUCCCCUUCGGUCUGUCGAAGUCUACUGGAGCAAAUGCAUGUCGUUGAAGAUUAUUGUUAUAUAUAUAUAUAUAUAUUUGGUCAUAGAUUACCAGACGGCUCCUUGGUAACUGCCGAAAAGUUCCUUAGUAACUGCCUGCAUUUAAUGCUCUUGAUGUAUACCGAAGCAUGGUUUUUCCCGCUGGUUCAAUUUUCGAUGCGGGCAGUUCUAACCGCCACCGCCCUACACUAUAAAUAUCACGCUGCUGUCAAUAUUUUUUACCGCGCCUUUGCUGAAGCCGUCGCUCUCAUAUGAAGCCUCCUUAGUUUUCUCGAGCCUUUCGGAGGAAGCCCCGGUUUUUAGCUCUUCGCGCAGUUUGCUGUUCGAGUCAGCCUCUUUGAACCAAAUGGCGCCGAAGCUCCGAUCUUCUCGCCCGAAGACAUACUAGAUCGGGCAGUCCAAGGUGGAUAGCGAAGUGUUGGCCAGCCUUGUGAAGGAAGGGUUAAUUAGUGAUGUUUCAAAGGUUCGGCUUCCCGGUCGACAGGAGACACCGGAGCCUACAGAUGACGAAGCGGUUGUGUUUGUCCAUUACUUCCAAGCGGGUCUUCGCCUACCAUGCGAUGACAUGGUCAUUAAAGUAUUGAAAUUAUUUGAAGUCUAUCUCCACCAACUGACACCCAACGCAAUAGUGAGGAUGGGGCUCUUCGCCUGGGCUGCUUGUUCGGAAGGUGUGAAGGCAUCCGCUAGGGCCUUCGCUGCCGCACACCGACUUCAUCAUCAACCCAAACCGGUUUUCGCUCGUGGAGUUCAGAGCGAGGCUCACUACGACUGCUUAAAUUUCGCGUACCGUGCUGGGCUAACUACGCCCGUCGUUGUGUACAAGAAUAAAUGGCUCAGUGACUGGACUCAAUGGUGGUUCUGCCACAAGGUGGACACCGAAGAAUUUCUCGUAUCGAAAUGCGAAGAGGUCAAGAGAAAUCGCGUGCCAGACGUGCGAUUGAAAUCGUUGCAACAAACAGCCCUUGAGGCUUUCGCCAGGUGCGCGAAAUAUCUUUCUACUCGCGACCUGGUGGAGGAGUUCAUAGCUGCUGGGGUUUGGCCCCUUAGUCGGGAUUGGACUAUCCUGGAAUUUGGGGAAAAAGGGCUCGAGGGGCUUUGCCGGCCCCACCCUCCUGUGCACGGCUUCGCAGGUACCUGUUUGCCCGUAGAGCAUUCAUAUAUAUUUUAUGUCUUCGGCCUUAUUUGCUUAAUGGUUUUGAUAUUUUCUAGAUUUGUCGGUGGCCGAAGUGGAGGCCAGAGCUGUGAUGCUUGUCGGCAAGUUUACACGGGGCGAAGCACAGUUGUGCGCCGAACAAGGCCUCAUUCGAAGAUUGAAUGGAGUCUUUGAAUACCGAGGCCUAUCCUAUCUUGAAAGGCCGAAGGUCAACACCGUGCUGCAGGGUGGUAGGGAAGGGUCUCCGGCAGCGGGUGCAGGCGAAGAGGCCGCUGGUGGUUCUUCAACGAAAAGGAAGCAUCCUGAGCAAUCGCCGAAGGGAGGUCGGACGAAUAAGGCUCUCGCCCUCCGGAAGAGGCCACGCGAAGUUGCCCCCGAAGUUGCCCAUGCAGAAACGUCUCCGGAGGGUUCCGCCGCGUCACGUGAUGUGCCUAGGCGGGAAACUCCCGAAGGCACCUAGGAGGGCCAGGCUUCGAAGUCAUUGUUCUGCUCGCACAUGGACCUUCCAACGCUAAUCCUGAGCGAUGACGAGGAGGUGAUAGAGACGGGAACAGUCCUUGAGGCUACCACUCGGGAACACGAAACUGAGGGUACCGAUAAUGUUGAAGUGGUAGCAUACUCUUCGCCCUCUUCGCCCUCUAGUUCGUCUUCUGGGACUGAGGCAUUGACACCGAGUGCGCCUCGCCGCGGCGGAAAGGGAUUGAUGGGCCUCGGCGGGCUGCUUGACGCGAAGGCCAUAGCGCCUGAGGCGUUCAAGCCUACCUCUUUCGAAUCAAGCGCCGGGGAGGUUGAUGAUGCGAAGAAGAUUUUUAACACCUUCGUCCUCCCCGAGCUUGAAAUCCCGCUUGGCCAGAAACCCUCCAAGGAGCUCCUCGACGCUUCCGACGUGGCCAUUGCGAAGGCUUUGCUUUUAUCGCGGGCUCAGCGCAAGCAAGCUGAGAAAUCCGAAGCCCGGGCUUGGAGCGCACACGCACAAAUUGAUAUGUUGCAAAAGCGCACCAAAAAAGCCGAAGGCCAGAAGCGCGAGUUAUCGCGUCGAGCGAGGGAUGCUGAAUCUCGCCUGGAACAGCUUGAAAAGGAACUCGGCACCCUUCGCUCGGAGAAGCAAAUUGCUGAAGACGAAGUGAACUGCCUGCGCUAAAACCUACAGUCUUCCGAGGCGCAAGUGUGCGACCUGCAGGCACUUUGUGCAUCGGAGAAAGCUAAGGCGCAACAACUGCAAGCCGAAUUGAGCGAGGCGAAGGCUUUUUUCGAGGAUGCUCUUAACGUGAUUGGGGAGCUCGAGCCGAAGGCAGUUGCCGCAUGCGAAGCCAUCAGCCAUACCUUCGAAGGUAUUGGUGCCUCGGCGACUCCCCUAACAAUUGAUCUUGUCGGGCUCGGAGGACUUAUAGGUUGGAUCAAUGAAACUAGUGGAAGCCUUCUGCCUGCUGCUCAACUUUACGGCUACUUUUGCGCGAUGGUCGCUGCCCGAAGUCUCAUGCAAUCGAUUGAGAUGACGGGCUGUGACCAUCAUACUGCUCUUCAGAAACCUACCUUCCAGUAUCCGGUGGACAUGUCGACUUCGGCCGUUACGAGGGCAUCGAAGAGCACCGCUCGAUCAUUUACCACCAACUACUGGUGUAAACUUGGCGCGAGCUUGCUCUUCAAGAAGCGGAGAUGAA